CAAACCCUGGGACAAUUUUUUGUGUCGGGUUGUUCAACAGGCUGGGAAACUGUCAGGAUUGUAUCACUUCAUACGAAGAUCGUGAAUUGAUAAACCGUCACGGACCUGGCAUGUCACAGUUCAUGAGCUACACGAUCAGUUGACCUUCCAUCCAUGCGAAAAGUCUCUAUACCAGUUAAAACUAUUUAAUUUUCCGGGGUCCAUUGCCUUGCUCGUCACCGAACCUACUCUCUCCUUAUCAUAAACAUGAAGAACGACCUGCAGCUGCUAUGGCAACCUGCCAUUAUUUUUCCCACUAUCACAGUGAUAUCAUGGCUAGCGAUGCUGGCAGUCCUCUUCGGCUCCUGGUACACAUCCGGCGAACCACGAUACGUAUCGGAAGAAGACACCCAGACAAUCGCAUUUAUAUCCGACAUUGGCGCACAAAACCUCAAACCCGUAUUCAUCGCCUGCAGCACCCUCGCCAUGAGCACUUACUUACCCACCAUCGCGCUCUACUUUUACUUCCUGAGCCCGACUCAUCCGCAUACCGGUAAUCGAAAAUCAUCACCUCUAUCCACUUUGACGCGCAUCGGCAUCCCCUUCCUCAGCUCAUUCUUCUCCCUUAUCGGUGCCGUAGCCCUCAUCCUCCUAACCAUCUUCGACACCGCACGCUUCGGCGUCGUACACAGACGCCUGCUGCCCGCCAGCAUACUGUCACACAUCCUUGGAUGCUCUUUGCUCUGUGGAUGGACGUUUAUCCGUCUACACCAACAUCGGCAAAAUACGUCUCUCAAUGGACCAGGUGGAAUCUUAUCUGGUGACAAAUUCACCGUCGAACUAUACGCGUUAGCUCCAAUUCCCAUAUCAAUGGCCAGUCUGGUGAUUAAGAGCAUUGUCGUAGCGUUUGAGUUUGGACUUGUAGUUCUCUUUGCCACUAUGACGUGGUGGUUGAAGACGUUUGAUACGGCGGCUGUCAUGGAGUGGACGGUGGUGUUGAUGUUUGCGGGUUAUAUGGCGUGUCAGGCUGUGGAUAUGUGGAUGAUAAUCAGGACGCAGAAUGCGAGGAUUGAGGUUGAAAAUGAGGAGCCACCCAUUGGGAUUGCGAUAUGAUGGAGUGGGGAAUUUUGUCUUCUACAUCUGUAUAUUAAGCUUUAUAUCUGGUAAUUGACUGGGUGCGAGUGAC